GCUUAUUACACCCUCUUCUUCCCUGUGCCUCUUAUUUAGUCGUCUACCUCUCUGUUCUCCUCUCCCCAUCUCCCUAUUCUUUAGAAACACGCUCACCCAGAAACUGGGAUCAAGUUUAAGAAUGACUGUGGAGCUUUUAAGGAUUAAUACUCGCACAACAUAGUCAGUCAGUGAGUGAGAACAACGAUGUCUGAAUCUCCUUGUGUCGCCGGCGGUGAGAAGAAGCAGCAUUGGUGGCUUACAAACAGGAAGAUUGCUGAUAAAUAUGUGAAGGAUGCGAAGGUUCUGAUUGCAAGUCAAGAACCCAGCGCCAUGGCUUCGGCUCUGAACGUUCUUGAAGCCGCGCUGAUUCUCUCGCCUCGGCUCGAGUUGGCCCUGGAGUUGAAGGCGCGGACUUUGCUUUUUCUCCGGCGGUUUAAGGACGUGGCGGAUAUGCUGCAGGAGUACAUUCCCAGUCUUAAAGUAGCCCCGGAUGAAUCGUCGUCGUGUUCGUCUUCUUCUGAAUCGUCGGAUGGGUCCUCCAGGCCGUUGUCUAGGGAGCGUGUGAAGCUUCUCUCCUCCGGGGAUGAGUCGGAGCCCAGUUUCAAGUGCUUCUCGGUCUCCGAUUUGAAGAAGAAGAUCAUGGCUGGGCUGUGCAAAAGCUGCGAAAAGGACGGGCUAUGGAGAUAUUUGGUGUUGGGUCAAGCGUGUUGCCAUUUAGGGCUAAUGGAGGAUGCAAUGGCCCUUUUGCAGACUGGGAAACGCAUUGCCACUGACGCGUUGAGGCGUCAGAGCAUUUGUAGGUCGGACGAUAGCUUUUCGUUCGCCCGAUUCCCACUCUCCGGCGUGGACAAUAGCCACCCCCCAAAAACAGAGUCAGAAAGCAUUUCCCAAAUGCUGAGCCACAUCAAGAUGCUCCUCCGCCGUAAGACCUCCGCAAUCGCCGCCCUGGACGCCGGGCUUUACCCGGAAGCCAUCCGCCACUUCUCCAAGAUCGUCGACGGCCGCCGUGGAGCCCCGCAAGGCUUCCUGGCCGAGUGCUACACGCUUAGAGCCUCCGCCUAUCAAUCCGCCGGCCGAAUAGCCGACGCAAUCGCGGAUUGUAAUCGAACCCUAGCAUUAGAACCGUCUUGCAUUGAAGCUCUCAGUACACGAGCAGCUCUGUUCGAGGCUAUCCGAUGUUUGCCCGACAGCCUUCACGACCUCGAACACCUAAAACUCUUGUACAACACCAUGCUACGCGACCGGAUAUUGCCCGGACCGCUGUGGAAACGUCAGAAUGUUCAAUACCGGGAAAUUCCCGGAAAACUCUGUUCUUUGGCCACCAAAAUUCAAGAACUGAAGCAGAGGGUUGCUUCCGGCGAAACUGGAAACACUAUAGACUAUUAUGCCCUAAUGGGAUUAAGGAGGGGCUGUUCAAAAUCGGAACUGGAAAGAGCCAAUUUACUCCUUAAUAUUCGACACAAACCCGAUAAAUCUAUGAGUUUCGUGGAAAGGUGCGAGUUCACAGACGAUCAAGAUAUUGACUCUGUAAGAGACAGAGCAAAGAUGACUGCUUUAUUAUUGUACAGAUUGAUUCAAAGAGCUUAUACUAGCUUAACGAAGACCCUCAUUGAAGAAGAAGCGACCGAGAAACAAAGGAAGAAGUCCGCAGCCUCGGCCGCAAUGCAAGUAGAACCGGAGAUGUCCGGCAACAGUACUAUGAUCGAAAACAAGGUUACAGCCGCAACCAAAUCAUCGGCGUUUCAAGGAGUGUUCUGUCGUGACCUCGCCAUUGUCGGGAGCUUGCUAUCUCAGGCCAGUUUCAAUCGUCCCAUUCCCAUGAAAUACGAAGCCUUGAGCUGCUGAAUGCUGAUCUGAUCAUCAAUGGCGCCCAACAACCAGAUCUCAACAAAACCGGCGGGACCAAAAUGAUUCAAUCAUUAUUACAAUUAAUAAUAUUAUUAUUAAAAAAAAAAACCUCCUCUUUUGUACAAAUGGCAAGAAAAUAAUCAAAUAUGUAGCUAGCUUAUUAGCGGCCAAGAAAAUUUUGUUACCCAAUAUAAUCGUCUGUUUACUUGUUCUA